AUGAAUCAAAAUUAUGGCAAUCCAAAUUUUUACCAGUGGUCUGAUCUAUGUGACGACUCUUCAAUUCAAGGCAUGUUGGAUGAUCAUGUUUUUACAGAACAAAGUGAACACGUGAAUGACAAGAUAUUUCGAUUCACAUAUUAUUUCAGGUGCGAGAGGAACAAAUUGGGACUCACGCAGUCGGCCGUGUCCUCUAUGCUUGAGAAGUACGGUUUUACAGUCUCACAAACGACUAUUUGUCGAUUUGAAUCUCAAAAACUCUCACUUUCGUCUAUGGCAAAAUUGAUGGAUAUUCUCAACUAUUUUUUAGUGGCAAUCACAAGUUCCCAAGACUGUCCCCAACGGGAUUACUUCGAAUUGAGUAUGAAAUGUCGAGUUGUAGAGAAGUAUAAUUAUAAACGCCGGAAGAGGACUUGCUUUACUGAGGAUGCCAAAGAAUAUUUACACAAACUAUACCGCAAUUGCCAAAAGCCUUCAAAUCUUGAAAUGACACGUGCGUCCCACUAUCUCGGAAUCCAGAUCGACAUUCUCCGAGUGUGGUUUUGUAAUCGAAGACAGAAAGACAAGAAAAAACGCCAUGAUCAACAUCGUGGUGACUUUUAUAAUUGA